CUGUCAGACAUGGCAGUCCUCUAACUCACAUAAUCAAGUCAUCGACUUCAUUGUGACUACUCAUCAAGCACAAACCAACAUAAUGCUCUCAUCAAAGUCUUUCCGUACAGCGCCCUUGCAGCGAGUCAUCUCGAGGCAACCCGCUCUGUCAUUCGGCAGCUCAGCCUCUAGAUUCCGUAUUAUCCUCCCCUCGCAGAAACUCACAACCAACCCUUAUUCAAAAGUCCAGCCUUGUCUUCGAUCGGCAUCCUUCGCAACAAGCACCGAAGCUUCGGCUCCAACGCCCGAGGAGCCAGUCAACCAGAACUUUGCAGCCGUUGCAACAGGCGGUAUCCCAUAUCCCGGAAUUCCCAAGAUCGAGGACCCAUAUCAAAAGCGACAAUGGCAAUUGGAGCACAUGGCCGGUGCCUUUCGCGUGUUUGCCCGUAUGGGAUUCACUGAGGGUGCUGCGGGACAUAUCAGUGUGAGAGAUCCUGUUGAUCCUAAUACCUUUUGGAUUAACCCUAUGGGUGUUCACUUCGGAAUGCUUGAGGCAGGCCAUAUGGUUCACAUCAACGAAGACGGUCAAGUUAUCGGCGGUAACCGAGUCGCCGUUAACGCAGCUGGUUUUACAAUCCACGCCGCUAUUCAUAAAGCCAGACCAGAUGUAGACGCUGCAUGCCACGCUCACUCCAAGUAUGGAAAGGCAUGGUCGACAUUUGGAAAGCCCCUCGAGAUGAUCAGUCAAGAUGCUUGCAUCUUCUACAACGACCACAGCGUGUACUCCAAUUUUGGAGGUGUUGUCUUUGAGGACGAUGAAGGUGCUCGUAUUGCCAAAGCACUCGGUCCGAAGAAUCGAUCGGUCAUUCUGCAGAACCAUGGGUUGUUGACGGCGGGUAAAACAGUUGAUGAAGCGGCGUACUUGUUCUCGCUUAUGGAGAGGACGUGUGAGAUACAGCUCUUGGUGGAAAGUACUGGACUGCCGAGGCAGAUUAUUGGUGAUGAAGAGGCUGAGUACACUUAUCGAUACAAUGCUGACCCUGAGGCGUUGUAUACUGAGUUCCAGCCUGAUUUCGAAUACGAGGUUUGGAAGUCUAAUGGUAAGCUAAAAUCGGGUGUUAACUAAGAUGGGAUACCCAGGUGAUGGUGCUUUAAAAUGAGAAGCGUUAGCAUGAAUGGUCAUUUCAGAAUCCCUAGUCUUCAAGCUCGUAAAACGCGAUU